AUGUCGUCGGAAAGGGUGGAAUGGGUGGAGAUUAUCGAGCCGAAGACAAAGGAGCAUAUGUAUGCUAACCUAACAACUGGUGAAUGCGUCUGGGAUCCACCUGAGGGUGUAAAAGUCAAACGUACAGACUCUUCACAAUGGUGGGAACUUUUUGAUAUCAACACACAUAGGUUUUACUAUUACAAUGCUUCAACACAGACAACUGUGUGGCAUAGGCCUACUGACUGUGACAUCAUACCACUAGCCAAAUUACAAACACUAAAACAAAAUACAGACCCUCAAAAAAGAAGGGAGAGUGGUACACAAACUAACCAGCCAGCACCUCAGGUGCCUCCGAUACUAGACCCAGUUAGCAGCAAUGGCAAUAGCACAGUCGCGAGUGUCAGCAAACUAUCGCCUGGCAACGCAAAAACUGUCACUCUUACACAAACCAGCCCCGUGCGAACGAGGAGGUCUCAUUACCAUCACAGGAACAGCGGUGAUAGUAGACGCGGGAGGUUAAGCGAGGAUGGCUCCACCCAGCUAUGUCGACAUACGGAUUCCGGCCGGUCUUCCGACAGCAGCAUCAGCAGCGCACAGCAGAGGAGGAAACAGGAACUUAGUGCAGCUGUAUGUAAUCCGCCUGUAUGUACUCCGCAACUUAGGAAACGUAGCAGUGCCGCACAGGCACACGAAUCUGAGAAAUGGUCUCCACAUGCAGGUCUCAAUCGCAGCGGCAGCUUUAUAUCACCUAGGAAAGAUGCAUCCGAUGAUUCUAUGCACGAAAAAUAUUUCAAAUCUGUUGAGAGCACCCCACUGACUAGGAGAAAGUUAAAACAGCAAUCAGCUGGAGGAUCGUCCUGUGACUCGGCGUCGCCACAGAGUCCGAGCAGUCCCCUACAGAAACCACAACCUACGCCGUUUUUACAGACGACAGCAGCUCGACCAUCGCUGGUGUCCUCUAUAUCCCUGGCGACGGACGCGGCGGCUGGCGUCGGGUCUCGAGUCAUGCACAGCCUGGAGAGACCGCACCAACUGUCCAGGCAUGCAAGGGAACGGUUCUCCGAUAGGCAUUUAGACAAGGAUAGGUUAGCGGAACUGGAGCGCAUGGACAGGUACCCGGAGAAGCAAGCCGUGUACAGCGUAGACAAGCCAUUCAGACAGACCAGCCUAGAUCUACGUCAUAAUGCUUCAGCUAAUUGGCACCCAGCGAGGGACUUUACUAGACGUCAACAAGCGGAGCCUGAACGCUACACAUCAAGCAAGACAUCUGUGUCAUCCGGCAGUAGCAAACAUAGGACGCCUCCACAUGAACCACAUCAUAACUUCAUGAGGCUCUCUUCUGCUAACGAACAGGACAAUAUUGCAGCUGUGAACUACAAAUUGAAAUGCGUGAACUUAGUGGAGCCACCACUGACAGAGCCAAAUGUACAGAAACAUAAUCAGAGAUUAGAGAGGUCUACUGCGCCCCGAGAUCGUACUAAAUCAAGACGACACAAGAGGCCUGUGGAAGUAGAGGACGGUCCCGUAGAUGGAGAGGAGGAAGAGGAUGAAGGAGGCAGCUCGCCAUUAUACUGUAACUGGGAUUUACGUGGAAUGCAACACUUACUGCCACUGCAAGACUAUAUCAUACAGCAGGCGAAAUUGUCCAGUCGCACUCGUUACGGCGGUGGUUCUGGCUCAGACGGCGAGUCUGGUUCAUCGAGAUCUCACUCUCGGUCCGGUUCGGAGUCCCGUUCACUGUCCGGCCACGAACCAGACAACGAGUCGUCAGACGGUGGUGCUCGAACUCCGGACGAUGACGACGGUUCCGGAGUUUAUUUACCUCAUUCGUACGCACAUAGGCCUGUUGACGUGGAGUAUAUGAACCAUGGAGUAUCCUAUUAUAAUACCUUUGUUGGAUUCGACCGGGAUCGACAGCCUUCGCCUGGGAUUCAUAGAACAUCAUCUCUGGGCGGUGGCGGUGGCGGGGGCGCGGCUGGAGGCGCGGGGGGCGCGGAGGUGGACGGGGCGGGGGCACUGUACAGUCCGGUACGAUCACAUGCACCGCGCCCACCACUAGAACAAGAUAUCGAGAUCUUUGCCAAGGAUAACCUCAACUUCAACAAGGGGAUCUUCCGGAGAAAGGCAUCAGUACGCGACCUGUUAUCUUGGACAUCAUCAUCGAUCAGUGCGCCGAUGGUGGGUGCAGAUUGGGACAAAGCGCAUAAGAAGGCAGCCAUCGACCUGUUCCGACUGGUACAGAUCUACAUGGGAGACCGCAAGGCGAGGCCUGGGAUGACACUCAACUCUGUCGCACAAGAUAUCCUGCAUGCUACUUUCUCUAAUGAGAAGCUCCGCGACGAGCUGUACGUGCAGCUGUGCCGGCAGACGACGGAGAACCCGCUGCGCGACUCGCUGCUGCGCGGCUGGGAGCUGCUGGCCGUGUGCCUCGCCUUCGUGCCGCCCUCCUCCGCCUUCCAGCCCGCGCUCACCAACUACGUCAACAGGCACAGAGACCCCGCCUUCGCUGAUGCCUUCCCUGAGGUGGGCAAAUGGCCUAUUCACGUGCAAGUCUCUCACUACGCGGGUGUGGCGUGCAAAAGGCUUGAGAGGAUCGGCUUCGGAGGGAAGAGACAGCCCAGGAAACCUACCACCGAUGAUAUUGAUCAAGCUAGGAUACAAAUCUUCAGACAGUCUAUGUUUGGCAACACGUUAUCUGAGGUGAUGGCGCUGCAGAAAGAAAGGUUCCCCAACAGACAACUACCCUGGGUGCAAGUAGCACUGUCUCAGCAGGUCCUGGCCCUCAACGGUAGGGAGACUGAGGGCAUCUUCCGAGUCUCCGCUGAUGUUGAUGAAGUCAAUGCUCUGAAAGCCAAGAUAGACAACUGGGAACUACCUGAUGCUUCCACUUUGACUGACGCGCACGCCCCAGCGAGCUUGCUGAAGCUGUGGUACCGCGAGCUGUACGAGCCGCUCAUACCGGACGCGCUGUACGGGCCGUGCGUCGCGGCCGGGACUGACUUUGCCGCCUGCACGCGCGCCCUGCAUCGUCUGCCGCCCAUCAAUAGACUGGUCCUGACGUAUCUAAUAAGCUUCCUGCAACAAUUCACCGCUCCAGAGGUGGUAAGUCAAACCAAGAUGGACUCUGCCAACCUGGCGAUGGUUUUUGCCCCGAACUGCCUGCGCUGCACGUCGCAGGACCCGCGCGUCAUACUCGAGAACGCGCGCAAGGAGAUGACGUUCCUGAAGACUCUCAUCACCAACCUCGACACAUCUCACGUCAAGAUCUUCUGUGACCUAUGA